AGCGAGAGGCUCGGCCGUGACUCAGUUUGCUGGAUGCUGAUCGCGUCUCGGAAAUCUGGGUUCAUGGGUUUGUGAGCAGGAGUGGGAGAUGGCAGCGUGAAGGUGUGCUGCAUCGGAGGAUCGGGUGUUUACACGGCGUUGUGCAAGAGUUGUGCAAGAGUCGGCGAUCAUGGCGACGCCAAAAUGCGCGGCCAAUUAUGCUCCUCUCACGCCCAUCUUGUUUCUCGAGCGCUCGGCGUCGGUGUACCCCGAGCGCACAUCCAUUAUUUACGGCGAUCUGCGCUUCACUUGGAAGCAGACCAUGGAGCGGUGCCGGUGCCUCGCGUCCAAGGUCGCGCAGCUCGUCUCGGCUGGCCAGACGGUUUCAGUGUUAUCGCCGAACUCUCCUGCAGUGUACGAGUUGAACUUCGGUGUGCCCAUGGCGAGGGCUGUACUCAACUCGAUCAACUCCCGACUUGACGCUCGUAUGAUCUCCGUCUUGCUUAGCCACAGCGAGACCAAGGUCUUGUUUGCAGAUUCCCAGCACCUACAAGUCGUGCAGGAGGCUCUCAGAAUGUGGCUCUCAUCCUCUGACGCCCCAGCAGAGAAGCCUCAAAUUAUAGUCAUUGAAGACAGAUUAGACGCAGGAAGCUACAAUUUUCAGACGUUUCUUCCGGGGUGGGGAGAGCUUGUAGAGUAUGAGGAGUUCCUUGCAAGCGGCGAUCCUUCCUUUCCAAUUCAGUGGCCUCUGGAUGAUUGGGAGACGAUCGUUUUGAAUUAUACCUCGGGGACGACGUCUCGGCCUAAGGGGGUCCUCUACCACCAUAGGGGAGCGUACCUGGCGCCCUUGAUCACAGUCCAAUUCUGGGGCAUGCAAGACGAAUCCGUCUAUUUGUGGACGCUGCCCAUGUUCCACUGCAACGGCUGGACGUUCAUCUGGGGAAUGGCUGCAAUUGCCGGCACGAAUGUUAUCAUCCGCAAUGUAGAGGCCAAGGCCAUUUACGACUCCAUCGUGAAACACAAAGUGACGCAUCUUUGUGGUGCCCCGGUGGUGUUCAACACUAUCGCCAACGCGCCCCCGCAGGACAAGAAAAAGCUUCCUGGACGAGUGUUCACUAUCACAGGCGGUGCUCCACCGCCUCCCUCAGUGCUCAGCAACAUGGAGUCAAUGGGGUUCACGGUCCUCCAUUCUUACGGCCUUACGGAAACUUACGGCCCUGCUCUAGUGUGCGUGUGGAAGCCGGAGUGGAAUGGCCUCUCUGCUGAAGAGCGAGCUCGCAUCAAAGCGCGGCAAGGGGUUGCCACAGUGGGACUUCAAGGCCUGGAUGUCUUGGAUCCCGACACAAUGAAAGCAGUUCCGCGUGAUGCGAAGACAAUCGGGGAAAUUAUGAUACGCGGUCACACCGUUAUGAAGGGGUACUUCAAAGACGAGGACGCCACCCGGAAGGCGUUUGAGGGAGGAUGGUACCACACGGGUGAUCUAGGAGUGAUGCACCCGGACGGAUAUGUCGAAGUAAAGGAUCGGUCGAAGGAUAUCAUCAUCUCUGGUGGUGAGAACAUCAGCUCCAUCGAAGUCGAGUCUGUGUUGUUCAAGCACCCGCAGAUCAUGGAAGCUGCGGUUGUGGCGCGGCCUGACAAGCACUGGGGUGAGUCGCCAUGCGCGUUUGUGACGCUGCGGGAGGGCGCCAUGGGGGUGAACGCAGACACCAUUGUUGCGUAUUGCAGGGAACACCUUCCUAAGUUCUAUGUACCGAAAACGAUUGUGUUCUGCGAGCUGCCAAAGACGACGACGGGAAAGGUGCAAAAAUUCAAGCUUCGGGAGAUGGCGAAAGCUUUGCCUCAGUCUGUUGCGAGUAAAUUGUAACGAGUUCGAGAGCAGUUCUUGUGAAUGUCAGCGAGAUCUCUCGCUCCACAGUAAAUAUUUCGAGCUCUGUCAAAAGGGGUGCACCAGUUGGAAGAAAAGGUAUGAGCGGAGGUCAUAUGGUUUUUGUUAAGACUGGGUCUGUAGGAUAUGUCAGCGGCUGUUACAGUACUCGAUCAACAGCGUGACGCUUGACAUUUUAGAACUUGGGAAUCCUUUUUCAGAGCUUUCAGGGUUUAGAGCCUAGCAUUUUAUGAGGAGGCUGUCCUCAGCAGGUAGUGUAGUGUAUAAGAAGUUGAUUUCACCACCCACAAUAGUGUUGAAUGGCUGCUAUUGGGAGGACAUCAUGGAAAGCCUCCAAGUCAAGUCAUUUUUGUGACUUCGACCCUAGCUAUGAAAGAAUGCAGAGGUAGAGAGUAUCCGAUAUCAUACCCCAAUUGCAUUUGUAAAGUUUAAACGCUUGUUCAUAGAGGUGUCUAAAGAAGAGAGCUUCGAGUAGGCCUCGUAUGCGGUUCUGCUCCAGCUUUGAGUCGGCGAGUUAUCGGCCGACUCAAGAAUUUAUUAUGCACUUUAUUUGA